CACACUCCCAAUCACUCUCAACUGCCCUCUCCCAUUACACAGCAAACAUGCCUCAACCACCCUCAUCCUACACAUACAACCACACCCAAACCAACAUCACGAGCCUAAUAUCCCACCUCGAAACCCACAACAUCCCCUACUCAACCGACCCCGAAACCCUAACCUCCAAGGCAAACACGCCCCACUCCCCCGCUCAGCCCCACGAAACCCCCCUCGCAGUCUUCUUCCCCACAUCCACCCAGCACGUCUCCACCAUCUUGAAAGCGUGCCAUGAGCGCCUUGUAGCAGUGACCACAUUCUCCAGCGGGACGAGUUUUGGCGGCGCGCUGACGGCGACACGGGGUGGGAUUUGCGUGAGCUUUGAGAAGAUGAACAAGAUUGUGAGGCUGAAUGAGGAUGAUAUGGAUGUUGUUGUUCAGCCGGGGCUGGGGUGGGUCGAGCUGAAUGAGGUGUUGAGGGAGAAGGGGCUGUUCUUUCCUGUGGAUCCGGCGCCGGGGGCGAGUGUUGGGGGGAUGAUCGCAAUGUCCUGCUCAGGCACAAACGCCUACCGCUACGGCACAAUGAAAGAAUGGGUCAUAUCCCUCACCGCCGUCCUCGCAAACGGCUCCAUAAUCAAAACACACAACCGCCCCCGAAAAUCCUCCGCAGGCUACGACCUCACACACCUCCUCAUCGGCUCAGAAGGCACCCUCGCCCUCGUCACCCAAGCCGUGCUCAAACUCGCAAUCCUCCCGCAAAACCUGCACGUCGGCCUCGCUACCUUCACUUCCUUCCAGCACGGCGUCAACGUCGUCGUCGCCCUGCAGAAAGCAGGCCACCAGCUCGAAGCCCUCGAGCUCGCAGACGGCCCGCAAAUGCACUGCGUCAACUACUCGCGCCUCGCCGGGCAAGUCUUCUCCGAGACACCAACUCUGUUCUUGAAAUUCGCGGGCCCGUCCACAGCGCUUCUAACCGACCAGAUCCGCGCCGUGGAACAGCUGUGCAAGGCGCAAAACGCCCUCUCGUACGAGGUCACUGCCGACACGCACCGCAUCGACGUCCUGUGGGGCGCGCGGAAAUGCAUCGGCCGCGCGCUGCUCACGAUGAAGAAACACCCGUCCGAUCUAUUCAUGCACUCCGACUGCGCGGUGCCGAUCUCCAAUCUCGCGGCGCUCGUGGAGGGUACGCAUGAGCUUAUUGCUGCCGCGCCGUCGCGUAAUAGGAAGGAGUGGUUUUGCGCGAAUGUCGGGCAUGUGGGUGAUGGGAAUGUGCAUUCGAGUAUUAUUUGUCCUGUGGCGGAUAGGCUGGCUGUGGAGAGGGUGUUGAGGCAGAUUGCUAGUUUGGCACUGAGGCUGGAGGGGACGGUUACGGGGGAACAUGGUGUGGGGCUUAAACUGAGGGAUGCGUUGCUUGAGGAGGUGGGUGGGCAGGGGGUGGAGGCUAUGAGGAGGGUGAAGAGGGCGUUGGAUGAGAGGGGCAUUUUGAAUCCGGAUAAGGUUUUUAGACUGGAGGAUGAUGGGGGGGAGGAGAGGGCGAAGUUGUAA